CGGGACGUGGUGGCAGAAAAAGAGAGGGCCGUGCGGCAUUAUCGUCCAGUGCAGGGGAAACCGCGUCGCCACCGCAAACGCAAUGAAGCCCCCCGGCCGCCUCGCCACCGCCGCGGCCGCCGCGCUGCUCGUCGCGGCGUCGCUGCUGGUCGCCACCCUCCUCACCUCGCCGCUGCCGCUCCUCCCCCUGCUCCCGUGCCUGCCGGCCGUCACGGCGCCCUCGGGCGACGGGUACGCGCCCGCGGGCCUCGCCGCGCUCGCCGACGCCGCCCUCUACUACGCCACCACGCCCACCGUCCCGCAGCAGUCGCGCGACGAGAUCUCGCUCUCCCUCGCCGUGCUGCGCCGCCGCGCGCCGCUGCGGCUGCUGGUGUUCGGCCUGGGCCACGACUCGCCGCUCUGGCACGCGCUCAACCCCGGCGGCGUCACCGUCUUCCUCGAGGAGGACCCGGAGUGGUACCGCGUCGUGCGCGCGCAGUCGCCGUUCCUGCGCGCCCACCUGGUCCGCUACCGCACGCGCCUCGACCACGCCGACAUCCUCUUCCGCUCCUACAGGAACUUCGCCACCUGCGUCCCCGGCGCCAGCGCCGACGCCCCCGUGCGGGUCCGCGGCAACGCCGAAUGCCCGCUGGCGCUGCACAACCUGCCGCCGGAGGUGUACCAGCACGAGUGGGACAUGCUCAUGGUGGACGCGCCCAAGGGGUACUUCCCGUCGGCGCCCGGAAGGAUGGCGGCGAUAUGGACGGCGGCGGCGAUGGCGCGGGCGAGGCGCGGCGAGGGGGACACCGACGUGUUCCUGCACGACGUGGACCGCAGGGUGGAGAGGAUGUACGCCGAGGAGUUCCUCUGCGAGAGGUUCAGGGUGGGAGGGACCGGCCGGCUCUGGCACUUCAGGAUACCGCCGGUGUCACGGCGGAACGCCACGGCGGCCGGCGGCGGCGACAAGAGGCCUUUUUGCUGACGAUGCAGAUUUCCGAGGGGUGUUUUUAGAAGAUGACCUCAUCGGUGCAAGCCCUGUUGCUGUUCUAUCAUGUUGUCUCUUUAUUGAUUGUUCUGUACAUGUCGGGCACACAUCACACAGUAUGUCCACUGCCCAAUUGACACGUGUAGUAAUUAGCCGCUUUGCUUGCUGCAAAAAUAUACUACCUCCGUUCCUAAA